AUGCCGCCGCCGCCGCCGCCACCGACCGGGCAUCUGGAUCAGCACCACCAGCAUCACCAGCAAUACGACCACUUCUUCUCCGGCCACGGCCAGUUCAACUCCGAGACGCUGGAGGCCGUGCUCAGGCCGCCGCGCGGCGCGGAUCCUGCUGAUCCGGGCGCGGCGGCGGCGGCGGUCACCGGGCCAAGAAACGGCGGCGGCCAUGCCAGGGCGCGGAAGAGGCCGUUCAGGACGGACCGGCACAGCAAGAUCCGGACGGCGCAGGGCGUCCGCGACCGCCGGAUGCGGCUGUCCCUCGACGUCGCCCGCGACUUCUUCGCGCUGCAGGACCGGCUCGGCUUCGACAAGGCCAGCAAGACGGUGGACUGGCUGCUCACCCAGUCCAAACCGGCCAUCGACCGCCUCGCCGAGUCCUCCUCCUCCCACCGCAACGACGUCGCCGGCGGCGGCGACACCCGCAUGUCGUCCCCGACGUCGGCGGAGCGCGGCGGCGAUCACAUGGUCGUCAUCAGGGACGCGGCCAGCGCCGGAUCAGGGAAAGGCGGAGGAGAUGCAGACAAGGCGAGGAGCGCCAGAAGCCGUAGAUCAGUGCCCCUGGAGCUGGGCUGCGAGCUCGGCCGCCUCGUGCCGGCGCAGGUUCUCGGUGAAUACUACUACGACCUCGCCGAGAUGAUGAGCAACAACGGCGGCGGAGGAGAAGCAGACGACGACGGUGACUACGACGAUGACGGUGAUUUCUUGGACGGUAUGCAAUACUAG